AAAAUUUAGAAGAAAUGUCAAAAUCGGAAAUGGCAAUAAUUAGAGCCCAAGCUGAUUUUGCAAUUAAUUUACUUUCAAAUGUUGUUUUUGAACAAAAUAAACCUUUAGAAUCCACAAUACUUUCCCCUUUAUCUUUAUCUAUGGCUUUGGCAAUGGUUUAUGUUGGGGCUGAUGGUGAAACUAAUAAGGAAUUUGGAAAAUUGUUGUCAGGAGGCUUAAAAGAAGAGGAAACCCAUGCAUAUUUUGCAAAACAAUUAAAUUCUUAUAAUGACGAUAAACCAAAAAAUUAUACUUUGGAAUUGGCAAAUAAAGUUUUUGUUCAAAAAGGAUUUAAUAUUUUGGAAAAAUUUAAAAAUUAUAUUGAUGAAUAUUAUGGAGGGAAAUUUGAGCUUUUAAAUUUUGCGGAAAAUGUUGAGGCUGCCAAAAUAAUUAAUGAAUUCGUGGAGAAAACAACACACGAUAAAAUUAAAAAUUUGAUCAGUCCAGAUUCAUUAACUACUGAUACUCGUCUUGUAUUAGUCAAUGCUGUCUAUUUCAAAGGAAAAUGGAGUUGCCCCUUUGAUUCUGAAUUAACUCAGAAAAAAACUUUUUAUAUUACUGAAGGGAAAAAUAAAGAGGUUAAUAUGAUGAAAAAGACAAGCAGUUUUGUUUAUUUUGAAACUGAGGAGCUGCAAAUGCUAAAAAUGUUUUAUUCUUCUGGAAGUUCUGAAGACGAUGAAGAUAUUUAUAUGGUUGUAUUCUUGCCAAAAGAACGCUUUGGUUUACAAAAAUUGAUCAAAAAUCUGGAUGGAGAAAAGAUUCUAAAAUUGCUUGAACGUGGAUAUAAAACUAAAGUGGAUGUAGGUGUUUGGAAAAAUUAUUUGAUGCUUGAAGAUACCUUUCAUGCCCAAGAAAAAUACGGUUAUUGGUCUUUGGAUAUGAGUUAUUCUUCCCUACUUAUCGUUUUGUUUCCUAAAUUCAAACUUGAAUCUACCCACGAUUUAAAAGAUGUACUCAUCAAAUUAGGCCUUAAAUCGGCCUUUGAUAAAGCCAAUUUCUCCAAAAUCUCCAAAGAACAACCUUUAAAAAUUGACAAAGUUGUCCAGAAAGCUUUUAUUGAGGUAAAUGAAGAAGGGACUGAAGCAGCUGCAGCUACCGCUAUAAUUAUUGAAACACGUAGCAUGAUUAUACCAACUAAAACACCUCAAUUCAAUGCUGAUCAACCUUUUUACUACGCAAUAAUGAAUAAAAAUAAAGAUGAUGGACAGGAAUUUUUGUUUGCUGGAGUAUUUUAUGGAUAA